CAUAACGUCACGCAUUUCACAUUUGUCACUCCAGACUGUCUUGUACCAGUUGCAUAGCGUUUAGACCGAUAAGAAUGUCUUAUCUUCAUUCACAUUGGCGGGAUCUAAAGGCAUGGGAAGAUGAAGGUCUUCCCUUUACUACACCUAGUAACGAAGCUGUUAAGAUGUACGAUGCUGCAGUAUCACAGAUGGUAGGUCAUUAUGUAGACCCUGUAUUAGGCACUCCCCAGAAGGCAUUGGAUCUCAUGCUUGAAGCAGAUCCUGAUUUUGUCAUGGGCCAAGUUUUAAGCCUGAACUUGGCACUAUGGGGGAAGAACAGCCCAGUCAUUCAAGAAAAAGUUGAUAAAUUGAUGGAGCUGGCCUGCAGAACAAGUAUUACUCCUCGUGAAAAGCUGCAUGUUGAAGCUGUGAAAGAACUUUCUCUUGGGAAUCCUGUCAAAGCCUGUCUAAUCUGGGAUGACAUACUCACUACAUACCCAACUGAUAUGAUGGCAAUAAAAAUCUCCCAAGAGACUUUCUUCUUUACUGGUCUGCACAAAGAGAUGAGAGAUUCUGUUGCAAGAGUCUUGCCGAGAUGGAAACCAAGCAUCCCCCUCUACCCGUAUCUUUUUGGCAUGCAUGCCUUUGGACUGGAGGAAACAAACUUUUAUCACGAAGCUGAAAAACAAGCUUUGAGGGGGUUAGAACUUGCACCUACAGACUGCUGGGCAACACAUGCGCGGGCUCAUGUGCUUGAGAUGACUGGUCGCCAGGACGAGGGUAUUGCAUUUAUGAGCAAGACCCUUAAUGACUGGGUGAAAGGGGAUGGUAUGGCAGGGCACAACUUCUGGCAUUGGGCCUUGUACCACAUUGAAAAGGGUGAAUAUGAUGCGGCCUGGGAUAUCUACGACAGUCAACUUGCACAGCGGUGUAAAACUCCCGGCAGCACCCUCGACCUCACUGACGCUUCUUCGUUUCUCUACAGAAUGGAAGUAGAAGGGCAAAACGUGGGAGACCGAUGGGUGGAUUUACUCCCUUUCUGGGCGCCGCACGUAGAUGAUCACAACAUGAUCUUUAACGACGCUCACAUGCUGAUGUGUACACUCGGCGCGAAGGAUGAAGAAAUGACUCUUAAAUUAAUGAAGUCUCUUCAGGAAUACGUGAGUGAGGGAAGUAGUCACAAUUGCACUUUGUCACGUGAGGUCGGCGUGACACUUUGCGAGGCGCUUGUUCUUGCUGACAAGGGUGAUUUUCCUGGUGCUGUGGAGUUACUUAAGCCUAUACGCUACCGCCUUAUCGCCAUUGGAGGCAGUCAUGCACAGCGUGACGUAUUCAACCUGUUGCUUAUCCACGCGGCGUUACAGUCGUCACGCAACGAACACAAGCUACUUGCAAGGAGUCUUCUCGCCGAAAGAAAAGCAUUGAAGGAAAACGCCCCUAUGACAGACCGACUCAUGGCCAGGGCGAAGGCACAGUAUUUGAGCUGAUUGUCCGCCUCUAUUUAUAUAAAAACUUUAAACCUGAAGAAGGUACUGGCCGCCGAAAUAUUGUUUAAAAGAAAAACAACAAGGAGAACAACUCUGCGAUGUUUUAGAAUUUUCCUUUUAAAGUUCUUCUCCAAAUUCAACUUACGACGCAGACCCUAAGGUCCGACGCAUAUCCGCAGAUAAAGGCUGUCCGGCGUGUCUUUCUUCCAAAAAAUCUAUUCAUAUCACGGGCGUGACUUCAAGGAUUUUUAUUAUAUAGCAUUUACACCCAACAACACCGAAUCGUGCGUAUAUGAAGUAAAAUAAAAAUAUAAAUAAACAAAUUUUGAAUGUA